AUGCUGCAUCGCGAAGACGCGGACGCAGAUCAGGCGGUAACUCCAUUGUUGCAUCACGACGAGGCGGGGAGUUACUACCACAUAUUCAAGAAAGACGCCGCUGCCGCCGCCGCUACGAGCGAGGACGACGGUGGAAGCAAACCCAACGGCACCUUCCGGCAUUUGCCGGUCGGCCCGUUCUUGGUGCCCACACCUCAAGGCCGGUUGUUAUUCUUGGUUUCUACGCAACCUAUUCUCCCAGUGUCCCUCGAACGUGGUCCUAGGUCCUGGAUAGUUAAUAGCUCUUUGAACGAUGAUACUUACCAGGACUCGGACUGGCAAUCCCCCUCCCUCCACAACUACCGAAUCUUUGUAAAUUGGGAAUUGGGUAGCGCAAUAUCCCUCAAGCCUAUCGCUACAUAUCCUCCUAUCUUUACUUUUGGCUCACGAGCCGUGCACUCGAACACAACUCAUCGUUCAAGCUCGGAUUCCCACUCUGCGGUCGAAUGGUCUCUCUCCCUACGGGCCUUGGAGAUCGCUAUUGCUCCUAUUGAUGCGAUUCCAAGGAAAUCCUUGAGGCCCUCAUCAACUUAUUGGCCUGCCACAGAUGAACAUCAUGAAAAUCUGCGUCCGUCUCUACUAUCCCUCUAUCCACGGAGUGGGAGGAGGAGGAGGAGUCCGACGACGAAAGCUCCCGAUUGGAAUAUCUCAAAUACGCCUAUCUACAAACCUUUACCCCCUCCCCCCCCCCCCCCCCCCCCCCCCCCCCGCUCCCCCAGAGUUCCGAUGUCUCAGUGUAUUCGCCGUGAAAAAAAACAAACAUUCGAACAGAGCCACGACGAGACUCCGCCAGGAUCCUAUCGUAGACGAGAAGGGCACUCUAACUCUAGUCGAUCUCCUGGUUCUCCCUCUGUGACGCGAUUAUUGCUGGCCUCCGAUGAAGAUGAUGAUUUACAGGAUUUACUUGUGUGA